GUGAACUUUUUACUAGAGAACUUUUUAAAGAAAACGACCUCCCAUCACAGCAUAAAAAUGCAAAAACUCACCGGGAAAAAUAAAACAUGGCUUCGCAAGAUAGGAGACUCUAAUACAUCAAAUCUUUGGCGUCAUUUAGAGCGUAAUCAUCCAGAUAAAAAUCCAAAAAAAGCAAAGAAUUUGAUAAUAGAAAGCCAAAGUACAUUAGAUGAAUUUGUAGGCCAUACAACUUUUCCAUCUAAACCGUUCACAACACUAGAAAAUAAAUACUUUCGACAGAUGAUAAAGGUGUUAAAUUCAGAUGCACUUGUUCUGUCAGCAGAUACAAUAAAAAAUGAUAUAUUAGAAAGUUUCAAUCUGGGCUAUUAUGAAGAUAAUAAGUGGAAGCAAAGUUUUAUUCGUUACGCAAAAGAAACAGUUCUAAAUGCUUACAAUAAUAAUUAUGCACCUGUUACAAAUGUAGAGGUUAAUGAUAAUAAUGACGAAGAUAAUGAAUUUUUAGAUCAUAUUUUUGGCAAAAAGCAAAAUCUUCAGCAAAAUGAAGUGGAAUUAUACCUAAAAACUCCUCGAGCAGAUCGAAAUCAAGAUGUUCUACUUUGGUGGAUGGUAAUUAUUUAAUAGAGUAUCCGCACCUAGCAAUAAUGGCAAGGGAUUAUCUCGCAAUUACAGCUACAAGUGUUCCAGUAGA